AUGUUGUGUUGCAUAUUAUCCAUUCAAGUUACUUGCGAAACUCACCCUACUGUUAUCAACUUUCCAACUUUACGAGUCGUUGAGAGCCCUCAAUCAGCAGUACGUAUCCGGAAAUAUUCUCUUCUGCGCUCUCGGCUCAUUGCUCUUCUUGUAUCAGUGAUAUGUUGUCGUAUCGAUCUUCCUAAUAAGAACCUAAUCCGAAAUCUGCUUGGAUAG